AUCUAGUUGCGCACAAGCCGCACGCUAGAACGAUUUAUUUUUAUUGUAUCAUAAUAAUAAUUCAAUAUAUUUAUAAAUAAUUUAUUAUUAAAGUAAAUGUGGUUAGGUUUCUGGUUUCUGACUGACAUUUGAGAGUGCAGUGAACUUGUGUUUUUGAUUACUUAACUGAAUAACUUGGAGUUGUUUUAGGGUCCAUAGAAACAAUGGCUGACCAAGGUUACGAAAUACAACCUAUUCAACCUGGAGAUACGGAGGAAUCUCUCCAGUUACUGCGACAGACAUUUUUCAUCGACGAGCCUAUGAACCAAGCAGUUGGAUUAUGCAGUGACGGUACCUGUGCUGAGCUUGAAGAGUACUGCGCACACUACCUACAUGAAGACGGGUGGUCCUUCAAAGCAGUCGACAAAAAUGGCAAAAUCGUCGGACUAAUGGUCAGCGGAAUGUGUACUUUGAAGCAAAAAGAUGACGGCAGCGACUACGUAAGCCAAGCUCAACAGUGCAAAAACCCAAAAUUUGCAAAGAUUCUAUACGUGUUAGCACAAAGAGAGGAAGGUGCCAAACUUUGGGAGAAGUUCCCUGAUGAGGAAGAGGUUCUUGAUGUGAAGCUUGCAGCCACGGAUCCUAACUGGAGGAAGCGAGGCAUCAUGAACAAUUUAUUAGAUGCUACAGAGAAGCUGGCCAAACAACGUGGUAUCAAAGUACUUCGCAUGGACACAUCGAGUGCCUUCUCAGCAAUGUCUGCGGAGAAGUUGGGCUUCACUUGCAUGUACUCGGCUCCUUACACUGAGAUCAAAAUGGAUGGCAAACCUUUAAUAGUCCCUGAACCUCCUCACGUCGACGACAGAGUUUAUACCAAAGUUCUAUUAUAAAAUUCCAAAUUUUUUUAUUUUAUUUACCCUGUAUUAGUAUUGUUACAUAAUACUGUUGUUUUGGUUAUUUUGAAGUGUUUGCUCCAACAAAACUAAUCGUAUAUUAAGAUAAGAUAUCGAACGAUCACAACCUUACCUACAAACAAAACAUUCGUUCGAUGAUCUUGAUAUUGUUGGUACAGGGAGCCACACUGACUUACAAAUAUCGUUUGUCGUUUGAUUGAAAUAUUAAGAUAAGUUGUGAUAUUAAAAAUUUGAAUUGAUAGUUAUCAAUGUUAUAGUAUUGAGAUAAUUACUCAAUGGACCACAAGACACAGUUUAGCUUGUGUGCACUAACCCAACGAGAAGUCCUUGACACAUCCUACAUAUCUAGUUAAGUAUUUAAAAUACCUAAUAACUAUUACAUUACCUACUUACUUAGGGAAAGGUUAACGUUUAUUGUACUUUACUAAAGUGCAUAUUGUUGAAUAAAUUAUAUAACCUAC